GAGGACAUGGAAAAAGAAAAUGCGACAUUGCUGACAGAGUUUGUUCUCACAGGACUUACACAUCAAUCAGAGUGGAAGAUCCCCUUGUUCCUGGUGUUCUUGGUGAUAUAUCUCAUUACCAUAGUGGGGAACCUUGGCCUGAUUGUUCUCAUCUGGAAUGACCCUCACCUUCACAUCCCUAUGUAUUUAUUCCUUGGGAGUUUAGCUUUUGUGGAUGCGUGGAUAUCUUCCACAGUGACCCCCAAGAUGCUGGUCAACUUCUUAGCUGAGAGCAAGGUGAUAUCUCUCUCUGAGUGCAUGAUACAAUUCCUUUCCUUUGCGUUUGGUGGAACUACAGAAUGUUUUCUCUUGGCAGCAAUGGCGUAUGAUCGCUAUGUAGCCAUAUGCAAACCUUUACUCUAUCCAGUGAUCAUGAGCAAUGCUCUGUGUACCCGGCUAUUAAUCUUGUGUUUUGUAGGUGGCUUUUUUCAUGCCUUAAUUCAUGAUGUUCUUAUAUUCAGAUUGACCUUCUGUAACACCAACAUAAUACAUCACUUUUACUGUGACAUUAUCCCACUUUUUAUGAUUUCCUGUACUGACCCCUCUAUUAAUGUUCUAAUGGUUUUUAUUUUGUCUGGUUCAAUACAGGUUUUCAGCAUUAUUACUGUUCUUAACUCUUACACAUUUGCUCUCAUUACAAUCUUAAAAAAGAAGUCUGUUAAAGGCAUAAAGAAAGCCUUCUCCACCUGUGGAGCUCAUCUCUUGUCUGUGUCUUUAUACUAUGGCCCUCUCCUCUUCAUGUAUGUGCGCCCUGCAACUUCAGAAACAGAGGAUCAAGACAUGAUGGACUCUCUGUUUUAUACUGUCCUAAUUCCUCUGUUAAAUCCAAUUAUCUACAGCCUGAGAAAUAAGCAAGUUAUAGAUUCACUCUCAAAAAUGUUAAAAAGAAAUGUUUAA